AUGGCGCCCAAUCAGAAAGUCAACGUCCAUGCAACUCUGUCAAUGGGAGCCCAGGAGCCAACCAAGAUAGAAACCAAAUCCAGUCAAGCUUUAUCUGUCAAAGAAGACUGCAUAUUGGAAGACGAAACGGGCACAGUGGAACUCCACAUAUGGGAACCGUUAUUUACACUACUGAAAAGCAACAAGGCCUAUUACUUUCAAAACCUCACACUACGGUAUUAUCAAGGAUCAAAAUUCCUUAGCACCAACAGGAAUACAACUUACAGUGAGGAAACCAAAACUCUCAAAAAAUUAGUGGGGCCAGAAAUAUUGACAAAUCCAGAAAGAGAGAUCAUUGCAAGUCAACUAAAAUAUGUUGCCAGUUUAAGCAUUUUUAGUGCAUGCCAACUUUGCAAAAAACGAAUUGGGGAUGAGUCGGGCGAGUCAGUGAGAUGCCAAAACUGCAAAGUGCGACAAAGGAUCAUCAACUGCAGGCGGGAAGGCUCUGUUAAGCUGUGUAUUCAACACAAUGAAUCGGAAUUGUGGCUCACUCAUUUACAAAUGAAAUCGAAAACCUCCUGA